AUGAUCCGUCCUUUACGCAGUCUCCUAACCGACUCGAGCGAUUGUACCUAUUUUCAUGCUGCGUAUGCAGCAACCGCCAAGCUAUCAUUGGGAUCGGUCCAAUUUGACAAGCUUGUGACGAGCAAUACCUAUAUUGACAUGACAUCGACGCUGACUGAAAUUAACCGCUGCCUCAGUGCUGUACACUCUGCUGAAGAAAGCUACAAGCAAGCGAACGAUCACACGGAUCAGGCACUGAACAGCCUCCUUAAAAGUAUUGAUAUUUUCCGUCAAAGUUGUGCUCGAUACCGUGAAUUUGCUGAGAGACAGACAAAAAAGAAGCUAGAGAGCAAUACUAGUAGCAAUUCCUCUACUCCUACAUCGACGCCCAUCCACAGUGGCCGGUCCUCAUUGCCAUCAGCAGACAAUGACUGGAGUGCGUGUAUUCCAGCUAUUAUAUCAGCGUUACAACAUACGAGCGAAGUACUUCCCUCUGCAAUGCGUAUUAUGAAGAGAAAGCCUUGGAGAGGAAAACCGAAGCAAAUGGUCUCUUUAAACGAAGUCAUGUCAGCAUUUGUUGAAACAAUGGUGCUGCUCGCACAUAUGCGAUUCGAUAUUGACGACGAAGACUCGUACGGAAGUGCCUACGAGAAUCUAUCCUCAGCAGAAGAAAUGUGUGUGUUUAAUGGAUUCUCGAACGGAUAUCGCUGGGUAUCUAACACAUAUUACAAGAUUGGUGUUACCCUCCAUAAUGCCGAAUUGUACGCCGGUGCUGUUUAUCCUUUACGCAAAGCAUGCUCGCUACUUGAAAAAGACGAAACUAGAGCAUCGACCGAUACUGGAAGGCUUCAACUCUGCAAACGCUACGAAGUAUUGGGAACCUGCUGCCAGAAAGACAAGCGAUUUGAGGAUGCCACCAAGGCUUUUAAACUGGCGUUAAAGCGGCUUCCGAGUUCUACUAUCGAAGCCUUCGUCAAGGAAGCAGACUCCUUGGCCAUAUACACUUUGAUGGGGAAGCACCCGCUAAUUCCUAAACUGAUUGAACGAUAUUUGCGAGCAACAAUCAGCGACGAAAGUGAUUUGGAGAUUUCGUUUGCAAGUGAAGCUAUGGACCUGCGUCAUCUCGAAUCAAGUCAAAAAAGUAUAAUCUAUGAGUGCGAACUUCGAUCCAUGUAUAUGCUUUCGUCGUCAACCGAUUGUACUCGACAGCAAAACGCAAUUCUGAAUGCCUUGUUACGCCACUACACUGCCAGAUCAUAUCCUAUUCGACGUGCAAGGUAA